AUGGCGUCGACGAGCGCGGGCGCGAGCGGGAUGAACGCGUAUGAAAUAUUGGGCGUGCAAAGCGCGGCGACGACGGAUGAGAUCAAGCGUGCGUAUAAGAAACUCGCGCUGCAAUUGCACCCGGACAAAGUGUCCCGAACGACGAAAACGGAUGCCGAACGCGACGAGGCGCGCGUGCGGUUUCGAAACGUCGCGAACGCGUACGAAGUGCUCAAGGAUGAAGUCUCACGCGCGGCGUACGAUCAAAAGUGCGAGCUGAACGGAGCGAAGAGGGACGACGUGCUGGUGAAUGUGAGCUUUAAGGAGAGCGUGACGGGGACGACAAAGUUGGCGAUGAUACCGUUUAAGCUGCUGUGCUCGAGCUGUCAAGGCGUGGGGAUGGCGUGUUUGAAGUGCGAGGGGUGUGCAAAUCGGGGAGGAACAGCGGUGGGGAGCCAAGGGACGUGUGGAACGUGCGAUGGACGGGGAUUCGGGAAGCCCGAGACGUGCCGAAAAUGCGGCGGCGACGGCGUCAAGGAUGAUUUCUUUCAUGGACGCGUGCAUGUGCCGGCGGGAGUGUUGGAUGGGAGUAGAUUACCCAUUAGUGGUCGCACGCAACACGUGAGGGUGCGGAUUUUGCCUAGUAAAGUGUUCUCGAGAGAUGGUUUGAACGUGACGUCGACGCUGAGGCUGAGCGCAAAGGACGCGCUCGAGGGCGGAUUUUUCGAGGUCGAGACCGUGCACGGAGUGGAAACGAUGUAUUUCGACGAAGAAACGAAGAGUGGGGAUACGAAGACGCUCGACGGGAAGGGGAUCAAGGACGGGAAAAAGAUCGGUAAUCACAUCGUGCGCGUGGAAGUCGAACGCGAACAGACGCCCGAAGCUGUCGAGUCAGAUGAAGACGUAGAAGAAGCGGAGGAACCGGAAGCGUCCGAGGCUGACGAACCGGCGACUAAGAAGCAGAAGGAAUCCAUCGAGGAUCAGGAGGAAGUCAUCGACCUUGAGCGGCUAUUGGCGGAGAAGAAAGCGAAAUUAUUGGCCCAGUUGAACGCGCAGUCUUAA